CUUGGCGAUAGUACCUCUGGUGGGAAAGGAGCUCUACUCAUCAUCUGGUCCUCCACUGCAAGAAAGGAACCAUGAAAAAAGUUUGGCUUGCUGUUCUUUCGCUGGCGUACCUGGAGCUUUCCAUGACUGUUGUCACUGCUCCGAUCUGCGCCUACGGACAGGCUAGAUGCCAUGUUCCUUCCCUGGCAGAUCUCUUUGACAGGGUCAUACAACAGUCCUCAAGAAUGCACGGCAUCUCCAGUGAUCUGCACUCUGAAUAUGAGCAAUAUUUCUUUCCCAGGAAGAAUCUCGUAGGAAAACACAAGUGCCACACAUAUGGCAUCCUGACACCAGAUGAUAAGGAGAAUGCUCAGAGGCUGGGGCGAGAACAACUGACAGAGGUGAUCCUGAGUCUGCUGGGGGCCUGGGGCGACCCCCUGUCCCAGCUCUACCGCAGCAUGUCUCAGGAUCAGAAUCAAGACUUCAACCACCACAGCAACAACAAGGCACUGGAGAUCAGUGAUAUGGUGCACGAGCUGAGGGAGGGAGUGGCAAUAAUGGCUGAAAAGAUGAAGCUAUCGGGAGUGCUCAGUAACACUGUGGGAUCCAUCGCUCCUGAGAGUGCGGCCCCCUCCUCUGCCUUUUCCUUCUACAAACAAGGACAGCUCAACUCAGUGGACCAUCAUGACCUACUCCACUGCUUCCGCAGAGACUCCAACAAAAUCAAAAAUUAUCUCCGUAUCCUAAAAUGCUCCAUCCUUCCUGGACUGGACUGUUAAUAAUGAUAGCAAAGCAG